AUGAAACAACAGCAGGGAAUAAAAAAGAAUACACUUACAGAAAGCGAUAUAUUGCAGAUUCUAAGAACUAAAGGUCAUAAUUUGGCAGCUAAUAUUGCAGCUCCAAAUGUAGAUGUGGUUGUCAUUCCAGAUUCAUCAAUUUUUGCAAUGAUGUCGCGGGUAAACAAAGUUAUAAUAGGUACGCACUGUGUGUUAGCUAACGGUGGCUUAAGAGCAUCCUGUGGUUCUUAUACAGAGGCUUUGGCUGCAAAACAUUACUCAGUCCCAGUGAUUGUUCUUGCUCCCAUGUACAUGCUAUCGGCAAUGUAUUUACGCAGUUAUAAACAAGACGCAUUCAAUUUAGUUGGUCCCGAUGGGAGUGUGAUUGAAUGCAAUUCUUUGGGACCUAAUAUCUCUAGAACAUUUAGCCCAAUUUUCGAUUAUGUUCCUCCUGAAUUAGUUACACUUUUCAUAUCUAAUAUGGGCGGUCACUCACCUUCAUAUGUGUGCAGAUUAUUGACAGAGUUGUAUCAUCCGGAGGAUAAAAUAUAGUUUCAAAACAGUUAAAAUUUUAUUACAAAAAUUUGACAGUUUAAUCGUAAAUAAAGAAGUUU